UUAACUUCCAACUUUACAUACACCGAGCAUAUCAUAAAGCAUGCACUACGUUACUAUUUUGCAGGAAAAAUAUUAGACAUGUUCUCUAUUUUGGAAGAUCAAGAAAAAGCCCAGAUGAAACUAUUCUUUACUGAGCAAUUUCAAAAUAUUUUUCUGAAAAUAUUGAAAAAAACAAUAUGCAAAUUUAAAUGGACGGAGUUGGCAACAUGCAUCUUCAUCUUUUUUAUUUUAAGUCAUCGUAUAUAUUUGCUAAUGCUAGCUCAUUUCUUCUUGUAACUGAAUUAUGGCCGCUUGGGGUGGUGGAAAGCCAUGCUUCUCUGCGAUCUGAGCUUUACUGGCCCUUGCUAACGCUAACAGCGGGUGAUUCCGAUCUACCUUCUGAAAUUUACUGGAAUUCCGUGCUUCCAAACACUCCGAUGCCUCAAGCUGUGAAGAAAAGCCUACGCCCAGAAGAAAGCACUGGUGUAGAAAUUGGGAAAGGGACUGAUAUAGGCGCCAGCAAAGGAGGAGUGUCUGUGAGCACAGGCCACGAGGAAAAGCCUGUGUAUGUUGGAGUAACGAAAUCGCAAAAACCUAAUUUCUUUUACAGGUAUGCUGCUACUGAAGAUCAACUUCAUGCUGAUCCAAGCGUGGCUCUAUUCUUCUUGGAAAAGGACAUGCGUCUUGGCACAAAGAUGAACUUGGACUUCAUGAAAAAUACAAACGAAGCCACCUUCUUGCCUCACCAAGUUGCCACUUCAAUACCCUUCUCAUCAGACAAGUUGCCCGAAAUUUUGGACCAAUUAUCUGUGAAACCAGAAUCAGUAGAAGCUGAGACAAUUAAGAAUACUAUUAUAGAUUGUGAGAGACCUGGAAUUAAAGGAGAGGAAAAGUAUUGUGCAACCUCAUUAGAAUCCAUGAUUGAUUUCAGCACCUCAAAGCUGGGGAAUAAGGGUGUUAAGGCAGUUUCCACAGAGGUAGAAAACAAGUCCCAGACGCUGUACAGAAUUGCAGCUGGUGUGGAGAAGAUGGGAGGUGACGUUUCUGUGGUGUGCCAUAAAAUGGUGUAUGCAUAUGCAGUGUUUUACUGUCACAAGAUCGCUGCCACAAGGGCUUAUAUGGUUCCCCUGGUGGGCAGGGAUGGGACAAAAGCGAAAGCAGUUGCAUUGUGUCACACAAAUACAAAGGAAUGGAACCCCAAGCAUUUGGCCUUUCAACUGCUCAAAGUCAAGCCAGGAGUUCCCAUCUGCCAUUUCCUUACUCAGGAUCAGAUCAUCUGGGUGGUUUCAAAAUAGAAAUGCAGGGGCAAUAAAUGAAUAAAGAAAAUAAUCCAUCUUUAGUACCUCGAUCGGUAAUGUAAUGAACUUAUGAGUUAUGAGUUGUUUGCUGCCACGCUCGCCCUAAUGUAUUAUGUUUGUAUGUAACUAUGUAUGCGUGUGGGAUAUUGUAUAUAUGAUCUGGUGUGCUUUGGAACAAGGGACAUGCAUGGAGCCCAGUGUUUAUAAAAUAAUUAAUCAAGUUGGAUGGAAUCCUUUAUCAUCCUUUAUCUU